AACAAAGCAACUAGUGGUCUAAAUUUGAAGCCGAUUAUGGCUUUCCCUCACUUUCUAGGUUCUACUCUUUCAGUGAGGCUUCCCAAAUUAGCCUAUCUUUGAUAGGCAGGUGUCUGGAUUGGUUAAAGAAGGGCCAUGACGCUACAAAUGGCUUAAAUAAAUCCCACACCCAGUUGGCCAAAGCUUUACACCGAAGAAGCAAAGCAGCAUCGGCAUGGCAGUUUAUUGCAAUUCCGCUCCCUUUUCUUGCAAAGCCUGGAGAAACAGAGACCCCACACCCUUAUCCGCACUCUUACCCACCCGUCUCUUCUCACUGCUUCAACCCCCAUUUAGCUUCCAUCCAGAUAGAUUAAAGCUCUCAACUUGCAGGUGGGAUAAGGUGGCUUCUGCUGUUGUUUCUGAAGAAAGUGCAGUUGGGUCAAGCUCUUCUGGGACUGAUGUAUUCAACCUCACUUACCUAGAGGGGAAUAGUUGGCUGUGGGAUAUAAGUGGGGUGAGAGUUUUGGUUGAUCCAAUAUUGGUGGGUAACUUGGAUUUUGGUAUUCCAUGGCUCUAUGAUGCUGCCAAGAAAUUUUUGAAGAAUUUCGAGCUUACUGACCUUCCUCAAGUUGAUUGCUUACUCAUAACACAAAGUCUUGAUGAUCACUGCCAUUUAAAAACCUUAAAACCGCUCUCCGAGAUGUCCCCAAAUCUCAGAGUCAUUGCUACUCCAAAUGCCAAGUCUUUGCUGGAUCCUCUUUUCAGAAAUGUUACGUAUCUAGAACCUGGUCAGGAGUCGGAAGUUGAAGCAGCGAAUGGUUCCAAAGUCAGAAUUCAAGCUACUGCUGGGCCAGUUCUGGGUCCUCCAUGGCAACGACCUGAGAAUGGGUAUCUAGUCAUUUCUCCACAGGGCCAAUUGACUCUCUAUUAUGAGCCUCAUUGCGUAUACGAUAAAGAUUUUCUUCAGAAGGAGCAUGCUGACAUUGUUAUCACCCCAGUGAUCAAGCAGCUUCUUCCAAAUUUUACGCUGGUUUCUGGACAGGAAGAUGCAGUGCAAUUAGCUAAACUGCUCCAUGCCAAGUUCAUUGUGCCAAUGAAAAAUGGAGAUCUUGAUAGCAAAGGAUUUCUAGCCAGCAUAGUCCAGGGUGAAGGAACAAUUGAAUCAUUCAAGGAGCUUUUGUCGAAGGAAUUACCGGAUGCAAAGACUUUAGAGCCCACACCUGGUGAACCAUUGCAAAUUCCUCCCCCCUAAAAUCUCUUACAUUUGCUAGUAAAACUAUGUAUAUAAGAUAGUUCAUGUAUUAAAUCCCACUCCCAGGCCUGCAUGAACUUCCAACCACUAGGCAUCUUCGUCUACUAUCUGUUACGUAUUUAGCUAUUACUAGAAUUGGACUCAAGUGAAAAUUAAUAGUUUUUAAAAAUAAAAUGGGUGAAAAUAUAUAUGUAAUAAGUUUAUACAGUUAUUAUACGAAGUGGUAAUUUUUUAACGCAGUAGAUUUUUGUUCUUGGAUAAAA